AUGUGGCCGAUGUUUAAUAAAGAAUAUCUUCAUGCUCUAAAAGUCUCGCACGAAGAUUUAUCUGAGUUGUUACCAGACAUUGAAGCUCUAGAGAAACUCGUUCAACCAAAGGGCAGCGACGACAACGGCCGUGCAGGAGGGUCUAUGAUUGCUCUUCUACGCGAACCAUCAGAAAUUAACGUGUCAUCAACUUCUACAGCAUCGGACGAGACAUUUGCUAAAAUUAACGACUGGAUCAACCGAUGUGAGCAAGACCAUACGCAAUGCACUCGUUUUCGAAGUCAAGUCCCUUGGUAUCCGACUAGGCUCUUGGAUGUUGGCCCCGAGGGCAGCUCUUCAAUCGCACUCGUCCAUAGCGCCCAAAUUAUAGAGGAAAGCGAAAAAUACAUGACAUUAAGUCAUCGAUGGGGAGAUGCCAAAGUGCCAACACUCACCACGAAAACCAUCAUCAACUGGACACAAGGACUUUCUGUCAAAAUGUUGCCAAAAACUUUCCAAGACUUUGUUAUGCUUGCCCAGCGCCUCCAAAUCCGCUACGUUUGGAUAGAUUCACUGUGUAUCAUCCAGGAGGGCGACAACGGUAACGACUGGCGAACUGAGGCACUUACCAUGGACAAAGUUUACGUGAACUCGUAUUGCAAUGUCUCUGCGGAUUGGGGUAACCCUAAACGUGGUUUAUACUUUCAGAGAGACCUCCGGAUGGUUGAUAAGCCAAAAAUUGACUGGCAAGUCAAAAGAGAGCCAAAUCGGGAUGUGGUUGUUGCAGAGGAAUGCCUACUCGUGGAGAACGAGUUCUGGGAAGAUCAAGUGUCUAGAUCUCCGCUGAGUGUCAGGGGCUGGGUAGUGCAAGAACUGGACGACAACUAUAUUGCCGGGCUGUGGCUCCGGAAUUUGGCCUCUGAUUUGAUGUGGUAUCGACAUCGGCUUCUCACAGCCGCUGUCGUCGAAGAUACAAAAUACCGUCUUUCUUUAUUUAAAAAUGACAAAGAAGACGUCUACCGUGCGCCAAGCUUUUCGUGGGCAUCAACUGCAGUGCCAAUUGAACCAAAUCAUAUGGAGGGCAACGUGGGUUUCAUCAUCGGUGUGAGGUGUAUUAAAUUUCGCGACUGCUCCAAUGCGUCAAUUGAAGAUUGGACCAGCGAUAUAUUUGGGCCUUUAUCGAAUCCGAUGAUUGAGAUUUUGGUCGUUGGAACACUGAAAAGAAUGCGGUUGCAGCCCUAUUUCGACGGCGAAAUGACUGAUUUCUAUGUCGUUCCAGAUAGCUCCAGCGGCAGCUUCAAGAAAGUGGAAGAUUGGUCUGAGUCUAUCUCGAAAGAAACCGCUGAAGCCACUCUGGACUUCCAAGUUAACAACGAGGACGUAGCCACGACUGCUGGAACUCUCACUUGCCGUCGAAGUCUCAACGAGAUGGUGACUCGCUAA